AUGAGACUCCCAAUACUCACCAUUGCCCUGCCCCUCCUGACGAUCGCUGCAGGCGGCAGCUCUCAACCACCUGAUGUUGGAGGUGUUUUGAUUUGUACCGAAGCGCAUGGGACCGGCAUCUGCACGUAUGCUAAUUAUCAGAUGGGGGCUUGCAACCAGCUCCACGAACCCUACUAUCACAACGUCACAACCUUUGCCCCUGAUAAUACAGGGUUCGAGUGCUUCCCACGCUUGAUGGAUUGCGGAGUGAUAUGUAAGAGUCCUACAGGGUGCACAUUCGGAGCUGUCGACUAUGGGUACAAGAACAAAUGGGACCUGAGCGCGAUCGGCUGGGAUACGCUCAUGAGCAGCUUUGAUUGCCAGUACAAAAAGCCGGAAGUUACUUCGGUGCCACGCUGA